AUGGUCAUUGGUUCCUUGUGUCUUUGUUUUGCAUCGACUACGACUGGUCUCAAAACUGAGACUGAGGUGGACACAAGUGAAAAUGAGGUGGUUUCCCCAGACUUCACCAACAGGAACCCUCGGAACUUGGAGCAGUUGGCCCUGGCUAGGAAGGAACGAGGCUGGAAGACAACGUGGCCAAAGCGUGAGUUCUGGCAUAGAUUACGGCUUGAGCGGACGCAGCAUUAUGUAGAAGCCUUCGUUGAGCGCUGUAAUGGGGAUGUCGUGGUAUCUGCCUCUACCCGAGAGUGGGCCAUAAAGAGACACCUUUACAGUCCCAAGGGAGUAACAGCAUGCAAAAACCUCGGCCGCGUAAUGGCACAGCGCUGUUUGGAGGCUGGAAUCAACUUCGUGAACUUUAAAGCUGUUAUCCCCUGGGAAUAUCGUUGUGACUCGAUUCAGGAAUUUGAAAAAGCUAUGGAGGAGGGUGGUGUCGUUCUGCGUGAGCCACGAAGAAUCUAUGAGUAAAAUGGAGACUGUUGGGAGCAUUUUCCAAGGAACAGUAAUCACUUCUUAAGGCAGGUGUACCAGCACAGUGACAGUCCAGAGCUGGAAAAAGUUGGAACAUGGCAUCUUAUAAUAAAAUAUUUUU